AUGGAUAGCUUACCUUUACAUCUCCUCGAGGAGAUUCUCUUCAAGUUGAAUCCAAAAUCUCUGGCGAUGAUGCAAUGCGUGGAUAAAUCUAUCAACUCCCACAUAUCCAACGAUCCAUAUUUCAAAUCCAAUAUUGUCAAGAGUUGUUCGAUUCGAAAGGUGUGUGAUAGUAGUAGUUCAGACUGUUACGAGACUAAACCGUCUUUGUCCUCUGAUAUGGAAAUAGAUGAGAAGGUUGAGGUCAUGGAGAUGGAUCAUGAUGAUAAUAAACGUAGUUUCGGUCUAGGUAUGAUGAUCAUGAGCGUUAUUGAUCAAAUCUCAGCAUAUGAUCGUCAGAAAAAGGAAACACGAGUUGGAAAAAGAUUGUUGAUUGAAGAUGAAACGACACUGAAGAUGGAGAUGCAAUCUUCUUAUUCUUCUUACAAGUUGAUGAACGUGGAGAGAAUCAAUAAAAGAAGAAGAGUAAAGUUGUAUGUAUUCAACUAG